AUGGAGAACCAAGUGAUGCUCCUUCCCCUCCUCGCGACCCUCUUCACCAUUCUCAUAGCUGAUGUUGCAUCUGCUUCAUGCCCCAUGGAUCUCACCUAUGUUCAGACCAUUCCCUGGAACACUUCAAUCUGCAAAGACCCUAUUGAUGAAGGUCCCUGCUGCCAAACACUCUCCAGCAUCUUCGGCAUAGGCCUUGCUGAACGUCUCAAAGAAACAUCCAUAUUUUACCUUCCUGAUGUUAACACUUCCUCCACUUGCUUAUCUGAUUUCAAACACCAACUCGCAGCCAUCUCAAUAAAACCAAACAUAGUCCCUCUUUGCUUCCCUGACCCAACCCAGUUUGUUACUAACUCUUCAGCUUGUGCAGGGAUUAGAACCCUACAAGAUUGGAACCAAAAGGUGGGCAUGGAUAGUCCAGUGAAUACAUCAUGCAAAGGGGACCUAAAAGACCAAAAUCUCUGCAGUAUCUGCUCUGACGCUGCUUUGGAAUUGAUUACCAAUCUGACCCGUAUUGACCCCAAUGCUAAUGCCAGCAAAUGCUUUUACUACGUAGUUUUGUUUGCUGCAGCUGUUGCUAAUCCGUUUGGCACAACAGAUCUAAGCGCUACUGGAUGCAUACUUGGCUUGCCACAACCAUCUAAUGCAGUAAUAAGAGGGUCAUCAAAUAAGAGAGGAAAAGUGAUCAAGCUAGUUUUUUCGUUAUUGGCUGCUGUUAUUGGUGUUGUGCUUGCUUUUGUACUGAUGGUCGUGUACAGGAAGUGGAAUAAGAGAAGGAAGGAGAAUGUUCAUCACAGGGAAAUUGAAAACGAGGUCAGGGCCAGUGUUUUACCAAUAACUGGUGCCAAAUGGUUUCACAUAUCAGAGCUUGAACAUGCCACGAGUAAAUUUUCUCAGAGCAAUAUGAUUGGCCAAGGUGGUGAUGGGGUUGUAUACAAGGGAACUCUUUUAGAUGGAACUGAAGUUGCAAUUAAGGAAAUUUUUUAUUUGGAAACUGAAGGGGAUGAAGAGUUCUGUUAUGAACUGAAGAUCAUAAGCAAAAUAAAGCACAAGAAUCUUCUUGCUCUUCAAGGUUGUUGCGUUACGAGUGAUAAUUUGAUAGGUAAGAGGAGGUUUUGGGUUUAUGAUUACAUGCCUAAUGGCAACCUCGAUUACCAUUUGUCUCUUACUGGGGCUGAAAGGUUAACAUGGCUACAAAGAAAGAACAUAAUCAUUGAUGUGGCUAAAGGGCUUGCUUAUUUGCAUUAUGAAAUCAAACCCCCCAUAUAUCACCGUGACAUAAAGGCAACCAACAUACUUUUGGAUUCCAGAAUGAAUGCGAAAUUGGCAGAUUUUAGCUUGGCCAAACAAGGUAGUGAGAGACAGUCUCAUCUCACCACAAGGGUUGCGGGCACAUAUGGUUAUUUGGCACCAGAGUAUGCUCUGUAUGGACAACUAACAGAGAAGAGUGAUGUGUACAGUUAUGGUAUUGUGAUUCUGGAAAUCAUGAGUGGAAGAAAAGUGAUUGAUACUUUGAAUUCAUCUGCAGAUUCACUGACAGAUUGGAUAUGGACACUUGUGGAAUCAGGAAAUAUGAUGGAAAUAUUUGAUGAGUCAAUAAGAAAAGGGCCCCAAAAAAUUAUGAAAAGGUUUGCUAUUGUUGGCAUGCUAUGUGCUCAUGCUGUGGUAGCUUUAAGGCCUACUAUUGCUGAGGCCCUCAAGAUGUUAGAGGGUGACAUUGGCAUUCCCCCAUUACCUAACAGACCAAUGCCACUGGGUCAUGAGUCAUUCCAAUCUUCUCUGUUGCAUGGUUUACACAGGAGUGGUUGA